UCUCUCUGUCUCUCUGGCCCUCGUCCUCCCCUAUUGUCUGUAAGUAGUGGCAAACCUGGCUGCAAUCAUUCAUAACCGAAUUCUUCGUGGGGGCGCCCCACCUGCCUGCCUGCCUGCCUCCGCUCCUCGCAGUGCCUAGACAUCUGCUGCUUCUGCUCCUGGCACUAGUUCCUGCCUUCUUUUGCUCCGCUCGGUUGGUUAUUGCUGCUCUGCUGCUGCGUCCUCCUGCAGUCUCCACCUCAACUUCUCCGCCUUCCUCCUUUUCCUCCUCCCCCUCCUCGCGCAGCUCUCGUGCUUCGCCUGUUCGUUCGGGGACGGUCGUGCGUGGCGCCAGCGGCGUCGGAGUUCGAUUUCCGGUGAGCGCUUUUCGCAGGAAAGGUUGGGUCUUGUCGGUUGGGAUUACUCGACCGUCGCUACGGGAAACCGUGCCCCAUCUCUGCAGCGGAUUGAUUUCUGUCCGUGCUGCGAGGUUGGUGUGGUGGUUUGUCUGUGCUUCCACUGUCGGACCGAAGAUUCCGUCAUCGUUUCGUGCAGUAACCGGAGCGGUGUUUAGUGGGGAGAAGAUUUGGCUGGAAGGCUUGGUGCUUGCAAAUAAACACCACACAAGAAUCGAAUGCGCCGCACCAGUGCCGAUUGACGAGAUUCGAGUCUGGAUUUCGAGCGUGAUAUGGUUUCAUCAGGCACCUUUGGACUCUAAAUACCGGUUCCAAGGACAAGGUUUUCCAUUCGAAGAACUGUCGCUGAGGGAAGAAGAAGGAAAAGAAGAAGAGGUCAAUGGCAUCGCUGUCAGAAAGUGAGCUGACAAACCGGGGAACCAUGUGGGAGCUAGAUCAGAACCUUGAUCAACCCAUGGAUGAGGAGGCGGGCAGGCUGAAGAAUAUGUACAGAGAAAAGAAGUUCUCAUCAGCUUUGUUACUACGGCUGGCAUUUCAGAGCCUUGGGGUGGUCUUUGGUGACUUGGGCACGUCACCUUUGUAUGUGUUCUAUAAUAUAUUUCCUCGCGGAAUAGGUGAGGGCGAGGAUGAGGAUGUUAUUGGAGCUCUUUCCUUGAUUAUUUACACCCUCACUCUCAUACCGCUUCUCAAGUAUGUUUUUGUUGUCUUGAGGGCAAAUGACAAUGGUCAAGGUGGUACAUUUGCUCUUUAUUCCCUAUUAUGCCGUCACGCAAAGAUCAACACCAUACCUAAUCAACACAGGACCGACGAGGAAUUGACGACGUAUAGUCGGCAAACCUAUGAAGAGAAUUCAGUUGCAGCGAAAAUAAAGAGAUGGAUAGAGUCACAUGCAUAUAAGAGAAACAUUCUUCUUAUUCUUGUUUUAAUUGGUACUUGUACAGCAAUUGGAGAUGGAAUCCUUACGCCCGCUAUAUCUGUUCUUUCUGCAUCAGGUGGCAUUAAGGUCCAGAACCAGAACAUGAGUACUGAUGUCGUUGUGCUCGUCGCUGUGGUCAUCUUAAUCGGAUUGUUUAGCAUGCAGCACUACGGAACAGACAAAGUGGGAUGGCUCUUCGCGCCAAUAGUCCUCCUCUGGUUCAUCCUGAUUGGAAGCGUCGGGGCUAUAAACAUACACAAGUAUGAUAGCUCUGUGCUAAAAGCAUACAACCCGAUGUAUAUAUACCGUUUUUUCCGACGGAGAAAGAAUUCUGACGUCUGGACGUCUCUGGGAGGAAUCAUGCUUAGCAUCACGGGAACUGAAGCAUUGUUUGCUGAUCUCUGUCACUUUCCUGUGCUGGCAAUUCAGAUCGCUUUCACCUUGAUUGUGUUUCCAUGCCUUCUACUGGCGUACACAGGGCAGGCCGCCUACAUAAUUUCCAACAAAACACAUGUGGCUGACGCCUUCUACCGAUCAAUUCCAGCUGCCAUAUACUGGCCGGCCUUUAUCAUAGCAACUGCUGCAGCGAUUGUUGCCAGUCAAGCCACCAUAUCCGCAACCUACUCGAUCAUAAAGCAGGCUCUUGCGCUGGGUUGCUUCCCCCGCGUGAAGAUCGUCCACACCUCGAAGAAAUUCCUUGGACAGAUCUACAUCCCUGACAUCAACUGGAUCCUUCUGGUUCUCUGCAUUGCUGUGACUGCUGGAUUCAAGAACCAAAGCCAGAUAGGAAACGCAUACGGUACUGCGGUGGUUAUAGUCAUGCUAGUCACGACAUUCCUCAUGGUGCCAAUAAUGCUGCUGGUAUGGAAGAGCCACUGGAUCCUCGUGGUGACCUUCAUCGUGCUGUCGCUGAUGGUGGAGGUUCCCUACUUCGUGGCCUGCAUACUGAAGAUCGACCAGGGCGGCUGGGUGCCGCUGGUGGUGGCGACGGCCUUCUUCCUCAUCAUGUACGUGUGGCAUUUCUGCACGGUGAAGCGGUACGAGUUCGAGAUGCACAGCAAGGUGUCCAUGGCGUGGAUCCUGGGCCUGGGCCCGAGCCUGGGCCUGGUGAGGGUCCCCGGGAUCGGGUUCGUGUACACGGAGCUGGCGAGCGGCGUGCCGCACAUCUUCUCCCACUUCAUCACCAACCUGCCCGCGAUCCACUCGGUGGUGGUGUUCGUGUGCGUCAAGUACCUCCCCGUGUACACGGUGCCGACGGAGGAGCGGUUCCUGGUGCGGAGGAUCGGGCCCAGGGACUUCCACAUGUUCCGGUGCGUGGCGAGGUACGGGUACAAGGACCUGCACAAGAGGGACGAGGACUUCGAGAGGAUGCUGUUCGACUGCGUCCUCUUCUUCGUCCGGCUGGAGAGCAUGAUGGAGGGCUACUCCGACUCGGACGAGUUCAGCGUGCCGGAGCAGGCGCCGCCUGGCUCUGGCUCCGGCUCCGGCCGCGGCGGCCCGGCGGCGGCGUUCCUGCAGGGCGGCGAGCGGACGUGCUCGACCAUGUGCUCCAACGGCGAGCUGAGCUUCUCGUCGCAGGACUCGAUCGUGCCCGCCGCGCAGUCGCCGGCGCCGAGGGGGCUACGGCUGCUGCAGUGCUCGGCGUCGGCGUCGGCGUCGGCGGGGCAGGCGGGCAGCUGCGGCACGGUGGGCGACGAGCUCGAGUUCCUGAACCGGUGCAAGGACGCCGGCGUGGUGCACAUCCUCGGGAACACCAUCGUACGCGCGCGGCGGGACUCGGGCGUCGUGAAGAAGCUCGCCGUCGACUACAUGUACGCCUUCAUGAGGAGGAUGUGCAGGGAGAACAGCGUCAUCUUCAACGUGCCUCAUGAGAGCCUGCUCAAUGUCGGGCAGAUAUACUACAUCUGAAUGUCUAUCUGAUGGGAGAUAGUGAGGGGCUUGUACUUCUUCUUCUGUUCUCAUAUAAAUCCCUAGUCUUUUUUGGGUAGGAUAUGUACAUGUUAGCUUGGGACUAAAGUUUUUUUUAAGAAUAGAGAAUAUAUUGAAAUAUUCCGGCUUCUGCACCAA